AUGGCGUAUGUCGCAGGUGCGCGAGGUGAGCUGCAGAAGCAGGCUCGCAGGUGCGGAGCUUUUCCACAGGUGCGACCAGUGCUGGUUCACACGUGUUUCGUAGGGGCGGGUAUUUUUCUGCAGAAGCGGCGAUGCUUUCGUAUAUGCGAAAACCGCUGGGAGGCAGUGAAAUGGUUAGAACGCGCGCGUCAUAUGUACCCAACCGUGGAGGAGCUGCUCCCCCUGUUUCUAGAGGCUGAGGUAGAGGACGAGGGCAUUCUAGAGUUGCUCAGUUGUGCCACCAGUGAAUCCAGUGGAGGAUUCCAGGAGAUCAUGGACCGUAUAUUGCGGUUCAUGGAAUCUAUGACUCUGACCCGGGGCGCACUACCCGUGGGCGGAGAUCAACCAGUUACAGUAGCUAUACAUGAGCCUAGACCAGCUACGGCCGGCGAGCCGCAGAAGCUAUUAGAUAGAUGGACUAGGCUAAAUCCUCCUUUCUUCGGAGGUGAGCGGCAUGAGGACCCUCAGGACUUCAUUGAUCGUUUCAGGCCAGCAAGUUCUCCUCCCUUGACUUGGGACCAGUUCACACGCCUCUUUCUGGAUAGACCUGUGAUUUCAGUUCGAGCAGCUUCAUCAGGGUCAGAUAUCGGUUUAGAUGGGACUUCUUACGAGCUGGUUGUGGAGAUAGCUCGGAGGAUCGAGGGUGUUCGUCAACGGAGCCAAGAGCAGAUGAUGAGGGACAAGCAGUUUCGGUGUUCUAGAGGGUUCAAUGGUUCUCCGUCUGGGGACAGAGAGAGCUCCUACCACCCGCCAACUAUUCAGGUUUCCUCUAGUGGAUAUUCAGGCCAUCAAGGUCAAACUUCAGGUCAGCAGUCCACCGUUCCGAGGGGUUGUUUCGAGUGCAGGGAUCCUGGCCACAUGAAGAGAUUCUGCCCCAAACUUCGGGGCAAGGCAGUAGGAUUUGGUGUUAUCGAGGUUCGAUUGGAUUCCGACCCUGAGAAUAGUUUAGUAUGUUUUGAUGUUGUUUUUCCUGUUCCGAUGGCUCGAGUGGGUCCGUUUUAUGUUUAUGAACUUGUUUUCAAGUUUGCGGGGGGGCCCGGGGACCUCGGGUACUAUUCUGGUAAUGUGCAAAACUUGUUUGGGCUUGGGAACACUGCAGAAGCAGUAGCAAUUCUAAAGCGGCUGGGGAGUGGGCUGGCUAGAGUCCGCAGAAGCGGACUCACUUCUGCGAGGGAGGAGUCGCAGGUGCAGAGGGAGGCAGCAUGGCGUAGGUCGCAGGUGCACGAGGUGAGUCGCAGUAGCGGGCUCGCAGGUGCGAUCAGUGCUAGUUCACACCUGUUCCAGAGGAGUGGGUAUUUUCCCGCAGAAACGGCGAAGCUUCCGCAGGAGAGAAGACCGGAGGUGGAUAUUGAGUCGUCAUUGGAGGAGGUGGAUGAGGCACUUGAACUUCUUCGGGAGCUACCUUGCCCUGGUUGGUGGACGACCUCGGCCCCUUGUUUGGACACUGCAGUAUUGGCUACCUUAUUAGAUGUUAUUUCUGGCACUAUGCUUAUUCUUGGUCAUUCGUUUCUGCGUAUCUGUGCGGCUUUUCGUGUUUGUGCAUUCUCUAAAAAGUUGAACAACAAUCUUUUAUAUAUAUAUAUAUAUNAUCAGAAUCAUGUAAAGACAUUUUUGGAGUUGCAGAAAGAAUCUUGGAGGACAGUGUUGACAUUAGCAUAUCAAAGUUUAGGAGUUGUAUAUGGGGAUUUAAGUACCUCUCCACUUUAUGUGUAUAAGAGUACCUUUGCUGAAGACAUUGUGCACACGGAGACAAAUGAAGAAAUCUAUGGUGUUCUUUCGUUUGUAUUUUGGACAUUGACUUUGGUUCCUCUAUUGAAGUAUGUCUUCAUUGUGCUUAAAGCUGAUGAUAAUGGUGAAGGAGGCACAUUUGCUUUAUAUUCACUCCUUUGCAGACAUGCCAAAUUGAAUCCAUUGCCUAGUUUCCAAUUAGCAGAUGAAGAAUUGUCAACUUACAACAAGGAUAUCAAUACUCAUGCCCCAACUACUUUUGGGGCAAAAGUUAAAUCAACUCUAGAGAGGUACAGGGUAUUACAAAGAUUUCUGCUUGUAUUGGCUCUUAUUGGAGCUAGUAUGGUAAUAGGCGAUGGUAUUCUUACACCUGCUAUUUCUGUUUUCUCAGCAGUUUCUGGUGUUGAACUUUCUUUGGGAAAAGAACAUCAUAAAUAUGUGGAAGUCCCAGUUGCUUGUAUCAUACUGGUAGCCUUGUUUUCCCUUCAACAUUAUGGCACCCACAGGGUUGGAUUUUUGUUUGCACCUGUUGUCGUGACUUGGCUUCUUUGUAUCAGUGCUAUUGGUAUAUAUAAUAUAAUACACUGGAACCCAUAUGUGUAUCGAGCACUGUCUCCUUAUUACAUGUACAAAUUCCUAAAGAAAACUCAAACAAGAGGCUGGAUGUCCUUGGGAGGAAUCCUUCUGUGCAUAACAGGUUCAGAAGCAAUGUUUGCUGAUCUCGGACACUUCUCCCAGUUGUCAAUAAAGAUUGCUUUUACCUCCAUAGUUUAUCCAUCACUUAUUCUUGCGUAUAUGGGGCAAGCUGCUUAUCUAUCGCGACAUCAUGUAAUGGAGAGUGAUUAUCAGAUUGGCUUCUAUGUUUCAGUACCCGAAAAAUUAAGAUGGCCGGUUCUGGUGAUUGCUGUACUGGCUGCAGUAGUGGGGAGCCAAGCCAUUAUCACUGGAACCUUUUCAAUUAUUAAACAAUGCUCUGCGCUGGGAUGCUUCCCUAGAGUCAAAAUACUGCAUACGUCGUCAACAAUACAUGGUCAGAUUUACAUCCCAGAGAUUAACUGGACCUUAAUGCUACUAUGUUUGGCUGUUACUAUUGGUUUCAGAGACACCAGAAGGAUGGGAAACGCUGCAGGUUUAGCUAUCAUAACUGUCAUGCUGGUCACCACUUGCUUGAUGUCAUUGGUAAUUGUUUUGUGCUGGCACCAGAGUGUUUCCCUCGCAAUUUGCUUUGUGAUCUUCUUUGGGACAAUUGAGGCUUUAUAUUUCUCUGCUUCUUUGAUUAAAUUUUUGGAAGGAGCAUGGGUGCCUAUUGCAAUGGCUUUUAUUUUCAUGAUACUAAUGUGCAUUUGGCACUAUGGCUCACUGAAAAAGUAUGAGUUUGAUGUUCAAAAUAAGGUCUCGGUUGACUGGCUACUGAGUUUAGGCCCUAGCCUAGGCAUUGUAAGAGUCCGUGGCAUUGGCGUCAUACACACUGAGCUUGUAUCCGGAAUCCCAGCAAUCUUCUCACACUUUGUUACCAAUCUUCCAGCGUUCCAUCAAGUCUUAGUUUUCGUUUGUGUCAAAUUUGUCCCGACUCCUCAUGUUAGACACGAAGAACGGUUCCUUGUUGGAUACAUUGGCCCAAGAGAGUAUCGCGUCUAUAGGUGCAUCGUCAGAUAUGGUUAUCGUGAUGCUCACAAGGAUGAUUCCCAGUUCGAGGAUGAUCUUGUAUGUAACAUAGCUGAGUUUAUACAGAUGGGAAAUACAGGGUUGAAUAGCAAUGCUGCAGAUUUAAAGAAUUUUGAGGACAUAACUGUUGUUGGAACCGCUUCAACUCACGUACCUGGAGUUCAACUUCGUGAGGACGAAGAAGUGAAAUCUGACUCAGUUGGAACGACGGAACUUAGAGAAAUACAUCCUUUACAGAUAACCAAGGCUAAGAAAAGGGUGAAGUUUGUCAUAUCAGAAACAACAAAGAUCGACAGAGGUGCGCACGAGGAGUUGAGAGAACUGAUGGAAGCUAGAGAAGCUGGCAUAGCUUACAUAUUGGGGCAUUACUAUGUCCAGGCCAAACAAGGAUCUAGCUUAUUCAGGAAAAUAGUUAUAAAUUAUGGGUAUGAGUUUCUGAGAAGGAAUAGCAGACCACUCACCUAUGCGUUAACUGUACCUCGUGCUUCUACUUUAGAGGUAGGAAUGGUCUACCAUAUAUGAUUUUGGCGUAUAGAGGAUAACCAAAUAAUGAAAUAUGUACAUAUGUUUGUAGUUUUCUGUAAGAAUACAAGGGAAGUGUUAGCAUUAUCAUGAUUGAGAAAUAUGUAGCAUAUUGUUUAGCCAAUGCUAUUUGCAAUGGCAAGGCUAGAUGGUGUCUUAUAUUUUUCUCAAUUAUUUAACGAGUGAAAAAUAUUUAUACAAUCAUAUCACGGAUUA